CACGCGGCCGCACAUUCGCGCUGAAACGUUUCGCGGGAAAACAUACCGAGCGGAAUCAUGUCCCAUUUGAAAGUUUUACGCGGGAAUUUUGCACGGCAGUUAUUAAAUUGUACUAGAAAUUGCAAAAAAUUGAAAUCUAACAGUGCGUUGUUACAAAAUGUUUUGAGUAGGUGUCUGGCUACUCAGACAGCGGCGGCGGUUGAUAGUAAAUUUCUAACGUCGCCCUGGGGUGAAAUACAACUUGGAAAGGAAACAUUGACUGAAUAUGUGUUUGCGGAUUUAGAAUCGUGGGCCGAUAAGCCGUCAGUGACAUGUGGAUCCACCGGCCGCUCGUACGACUACGGCAUGAUGCGGAUGAUGGUGGAACGUUGCGCGAACGCGUUUGUCGGCCACCUCAAGAUGAAGCCCGGCGAGCGUGUUGGGCUCAUACUUCCCAAUAUUCCCGAGUUCGCGGUGCUCAUCCACGGCGCCAUGAGGGCCGGCCUCGUGGUUACCUUCGCGAACCCAUUGUACACAGCUGACGAAGUGAGACGUCAAUUUGCGGAUUGCAACGUUAAAGCGAUCGCUACAAUUGAAAUGUUCAUGCCAGUUGCUAAUGAAGUCAGCAAAUCACUUAAAGAUUACAAAGGAACAAUCUGGGUUGGAGGGGAAGACGAUGAAAAGAAAGGUAUUUACGGUUUGCGAUCGCUUCUAAUGGCUGAUCAUAAAGCAGAUCUCCCAACAGUGAGUUGUGAUGAAGUCUGUUUGAUUCCUUACUCAAGCGGUACCACCGGAUUGCCUAAAGGAGUGAUGUUGACUCACAAAAACUUGGUGUCUAACUUGAAGCAAGUCAAGUGUCCCAAGAUGAUGAAGAAUGAAGGAGAUAAAAGUAAUUACGAAAUUGUACUUACAGUGCCACCUUUCUUUCAUAUAUACGGUUUCAAUGGAAUUCUCAAUUACAAUCUCAGCCUUGGCUACCACGUGGUCACGAUGCCGAAGUUCACACCAGACGACUAUAUCAAAUGUCUCGUUGAAUACAAGCCGACUAUUUUAUUCGUAGUCCCUUCACUACUGGCUUUUCUGGCCACACAUCCCUUUGUAAAGAAGAACCACUUGGAAUCCGUGGAAACUAUCAUGGUUGGCGCAGCACCGACAACAGACAGCAUGCUGGAGAAGUUCUUGUUGAAAUGUGAAAAGACAAAAGACGAGAUUAAAUUGUUACAAGGUUACGGCAUGACGGAAAGCUCACCCGUGACACUCUUGACUCCGUACAACUAUCCAUAUGGGAAAGUUGGUUCGGUUGGCCAACUGGUGCCGAGCACGCAGGCUCGCGUCGUCUCUCUUACUACGGGCGAAAUGCUGGGACCGCAUAAGUCUGGGGAGCUAUGGCUAAGAGGGCCUCAGGUAAUGAAAGGCUAUUGGAACAAUGAAGCAGCGACUAAAGAAACAGUGGAUAGCGAAGGUUGGCUACAUACUGGAGAUGUGGCAUAUUACGACGAGGAACACUUUUUCUACAUCGUUGAUCGUACAAAAGAACUCAUCAAAGUCAAAGGCAAUCAGGUAUCACCAACGGAAUUAGAAAGUAUAAUCAUGGAACUACCAGAAGUGGCAGAUGUUGCUGUGGUCGGCGUGCCUCAUUCCCUCGCCGGGGAGGUUCCAAAGGCUUUCGUUGUACUUAAACCCAACCAUAAAUUAACAGAAAAGGCUGUCUAUGAUGCUGUUGCAAAUAAAUUAAUAAAAUAUAAACAUCUUGAAGGAGGAGUCCAGUUCCUAGACGCUAUUCCAAGAAAUGUGGCGGGAAAGAUACUGCGGAACGAGCUCAAAGUACUAGGCAAUAGGAAGCACUGAUUGUAUUAUUGUAGCUUUUAAAGUUGUAUAUAGUGUAAAGUUAGACUAAUCUUUUAAAAGUUGUUAGAAUAAUAGGGACUACUUGUGAUAAUAUAAGAUUUGUUAUAUAUAGACAUAAUAAAUGAAUUUUUAUUUUGUUUUCAA